AUGGCUGCCCCUACGCCGACCUCCUCAACCACUGACACAACGACGCUAUUGGCGCCUCCCUCGAGCACGGCAUCGUCCUCUUCUCUACCCGGUCAGCAACCGCCCACAGCAACCCCGACAAGCGCGGCUGCAACAUCCCCAUCAAGCUCAGAAACAGUGUCAACCAGUACACCAACGCCCGGCUCUCUGUCAGCUUCAUCGCCGAUCACCUCUGUCACACCUUCUAGCAUCUCUCUCAACUCGAGCAGCACAAUCGCCAGCUCUACCGCGUCAAGCACCGCGACUAACCAAACCAGUCUUCCCCAACCGUUGCCAAACAAUGUGAGUAGAGGCGCUCUAGCCGGCGCGAUUGUCGGCUGCAUCAUCGGCACCGCCGCCCUGACGAUCCUGGGUGCUUUUCUCUUCUUCCGUCGGCGCAGAAAAGGCGCACGCGCCGGCCGUUCAGAGCAUUUCUCCGAAGAGAAACCAUCGCAGCAUCCAUCACUACAUCUAGGUGCAUCCGCAUCCUCGCUUCAUACCCCUCACCCAGCCGACGACGAGACAGUACGCGCGCGGAUCCUCACGCUGUUCGACCAUGCCAGUCUCCACGUCGACAACUACUACUCUUCCGCAGCAGCAUCCAAUCUGCACGACCCGGCUACGUCUCUUGCAAGCUACGAGUCCCCGUACCUGCCGUCACCGAUUGCGACCUUGCUGGCUAAACCAGGUAGAAAUCGCGCGGUCCUCACUCAUAUCCUUGUUCGGGAAUUACUACAGCAGAUCACCCCCGGGCCUGGGAAGGGGGGUCUUCUUCCUGCAUGUUACGCGUCAUGUCCGCAAGUCGUGAACCAGACACCAGAGACAGACCAAGUGCUAUUUAAGUGGCGUAUGCUGACAGCGUACCUCUACCAGCGCCAACAGGCUGCUCGCGAUGUAGACGAGCAUGCUAUCAGCAGGCUUGCAGAGCCAUUUGUCGACGCUUUCACGGAGUAUGCCAAUCCCGCGCAUACUAGGGCAGAACGCCUCCAGCAUUUAAGGUCCGUAGCCUCCACUGCAGCGGAAUUGGGUCGGUGGUUGUUUGCGCAGCCAUGUGCGUUUGAAUUUGUCUGGGGUUAUCCCGGAAGGCAGGGGAUGGUGAUCACGCCGAGAAUUGUCAAGGUCUGCGAUGAGCAGGGACGGCGGUUGGCGGUGCCGCAGGUAAUGGCGGAGGGGACAUCGUUGUAG